AUGUGUUUGACAUUGCUGGUGAUAUUAAUUUAUUAUGUGACGAAAACAGAUGAAACGAACUCGGCAGAAUUAUUGCCCUCGAACUACGGCGGGCAAAAUGUAAAACAAGGUGAAUACACGUACGUGGUCGCUCUUAUAGAAGUAUUCAAUGACGAGAGCAAUCAAAAAGAUGCUUUCGGAUUCUGCACGGGGUCCAUGAUAAGGGACCAGUGGGUGCUGACAGCGGCACAUUGCGUGCACAAGAGAUCUCUUGAUGAAUUGUACGUUUGGUACGGAUACUACAGCUCAUCCCCUUUCGUAACUAACACGUUUACCAAAGUGUUGAAAAUCAUUAUACAUCCGAUAUAUCAGUCUAGAGUAUUUUCUCUGGAUUACGACAUAGCCUUAUUACUCGUGAAGUCUAUUGCCCUGAGGACCUAUGCGAGCUUAUCGUAUGUCGAUUACAAGACCAUGAAGGACUUUCAAGUAAAUGCUAUAAGUGGGAAGAGAACAAAUCAUCACGGUGACCAUACGAUGAGGAUGCUGCGUUUCAUUGGCACGAUUACUGAUUGUGACACGGAGUUGACGAAAACGUUACAACAUUCCUUGUGUGUCAUGCCCCGACUCAUACAGAACGGUGUUCGCAUAUGUUUCGGAGACUCGGGAGGACCUGUGAUAUUUGAAGGGAAAAUUGUCGGAGUAUGUUCAUUUGCACUCGUAAAGAAUGUAACGAUUGGCGUUUUCACCCCAGUAAGUCCCUUCAUACACUGGAUUACCGACGUAAUGAAAAAGAAAACUUACGUACCGAAGAAAAAAAAAGUUUCUGAAUCUACAAUAGUUCCUGUCUCGGCCCGUAGCAUACUCCGCAUUUUAGGAUUUGAAAAUAAGACAACACCAAUACACAAGACUGCGAGACCGCCAAGAUUUUACUAAUUAUAAUCGUUGGUAUGUCUAUGUGAAAAAAGUACCAAAUUAUAGGAGAC